CCUGCCCCGGUUUCCUGGAGCCAAAUGGCUCCUGCCCGCCUUCUCGGGGUCUGCAGCCUCCUGUGCGCCUGGUCCGUGUUGAUGGGACACCCCUGCAGCCUCGACCUCCACCAGGGAUGGGCCAACUGCAACAGGAAGAACCUCCUGCAUGCUCCAAGCUCCCUGCCAAGAAACAUUACUAGUCUGGACCUCUCCUUCAACUCCUUGGUUGUGCCCCAUCAUGGGACUCUAUUGAUGCAUUUCUCUUCCCUGCACUCCCUCAACCUCUCCAGCAAUGCCCUGCUGGCACUGGGCCCAGCAGUCUUCUCCAACCUUGAGGCACUGCGUCUGCUGGACCUGAGCAGCUGCAGUAUCGCCUACCUCCACGUGGAUGCUUUCAAGGGCUUGGGAAACUUGCACACACUGCUCCUAAGAAAUAACAAUCUGCAGGAGCUUAAGGUUCCUUUCUUCCUACCGUUGAAGGCUCUUUUCCACCUGGACCUGCAGCACAAUGAACUGGUCUCUGUGAACACUUUGAACCUGCAGCUGAUGGAGGCAGUCCCGCAGGUCCAGCUGGAAGGGAACCCCUGGGUCUGUGACUGUGCCAUGCAGCCUCUGCAGCAGUGGCUGCAACGCAGGCAAGCUGUGCAGGUGACCUGUGCAUCACCCCCAGGGCUGCGGGGCUGGGAGGUUGCAGCUCUGGAUUCCCAGGACCUGGGCUGCCAGACAAAGCAGCGGUUUCCUCGGGAGGCAAGCACAGUGCAGCAAAUCACAGUGACCCAAAGCAACAACACCACGCUACCCUCUGGGAAGGGGGGAAGGAGCUGGACUUACCUGGUGGGAUUCCUGGUGUCAGCAAUUGGCAUCUCCAUCCUGAUCACACUGGCUGCCAAGUGCAAGCUCUUCCACAAGCACUUUGCCAGCUACCGCCACCGGCAGCUGCCUGAAACCAGCUCGAUUGGAGGCUGCCCCAUGGAGGAUGACAGUGGUGAGAGCCACCCCAUGCCUGGUGCCGCUGAUCUGCAAGCUGAGGAUGAUGAUGGCUUCAUUGAGGACAACUACAUCCAGCCAAGUGAGCAGCUGUCAGAGGAAGAGGAGCGGGAGUUGCAUCUCUCCAUCUGAGCCUGCAGUCCAGCCACCACCACUGUGGCCUCUUGCUGUUCCUGCCACCUUUGUCCCCUUCCUGCCCUUUCCCACCUGCCCUCGGUGGGACGUGCCCUUUUGGACCCAUGUGGCUGGAGCAGGAGAAAAGGGGUGGAGAGCAGGAGGAGAGGAAGUGAGCUGGGAAUGGUGAUGGAGACUGUAGGCAGCCAUCCUGACAGUGCCCCGGCAUGAUGUCAGUGGGGCUGCAUUGGCACAGGGCACUGGACUGACUGCUGCUCUCCCAGCUUGGCUCAGAUGCUGAGUCUGAAGGAGAUGGUGCCUGUUAUGCCUGGGCAGCCUGGUUGGGUGGGAAGAUGAACCUGCCCUGGUUCUCCCUGUGGGGUCUCAGCUACUGGUCCUGCUUCCCUCUGGAGCCAGACCCACCUCUGCUGUGUCCCUCGAUGUGUUGUCACUCCAGGAUGGGAUUAAAGCAUGAUUUAACCCUAGCUCUACCUGUGAUGGUGUGUUGGGGCUCUCCCAGCAGCAGAGCCGGAAGCAGAUCUCCAGCCCCACAGCUGGGGUGUGGCUUUUGUUGUAUGUGUUUUCUAGGGCCAUAAAUACAUUCCUUCUCAACUGUGAUGGUGAGGGAACAGAUCUGUGGCACAACUGCUGCUGUGCAAACAAAUCUGUUACCUGAUCUGCUGCAGGCAGCCCUGGUGCAUCAUCACAGGGUUUCUGUGAACAUCUCUCCAACAUUGCUUCCAGCUGUGAUCCUUCCCAAUUUUCUCUCUUCCCUCUCCAGCAAGAUAUGGUAGAAAGACACAUUUCCCAGAACAGCUCUGCAGAGCUGAGCAAACUUGUUGGCAGCACCAGCUGUGGCGUCAGGCAGGCACGUGCACUGGGGCGAGACAGCCCUGUCCCCUGUCAGCCAUUACAGAGUCCUGUCUAUAUCUCUAAGCCUGGUGUUAUACCAAUGUUAUAAUUUUUGCAUUCCUGUCAUCUUUGUGGUACGAUAAACAGCUCAUGAGACAUGAGUAACUCCAUGUUGUUUCUGCUGUAACAGGUCAUGCCUGCGUGGGUCACGCAGGAGUUAAAAGCAGGGAACAGCAGCAGCGUUCACUCUUAGUAAGUGAUUCACAAGGUUGGUACCAUUCACUUGGGAGGAUCUCCUAGGGCACAGCCUGGUCACUACUGCCCCUGAUAGCCCAGGAACGUCUCCAUCACACUCUAGAGCAUGAAGCACCACCACAUCAUUUCUUGCAGUUCUGCCACAUGGCUAAUUUCCCCAUUUCCCCAUCCUCAAACCUCUGUUUCACUGUAAAACGCCCUUUUAUUUCUUUACUUAUUGAGAUAUUUAUAGAGCACAGUAGGUGCUCUAUUAUUUACAGAGGUAAAUAAUACACCUCAGAGAAUGUAAUCCACAGGGGGACAAAUGGGUUAGGCACUGACUGGAUGAUAC